CAAUCCAAAAACCCCUUUGUAACUGUGGCGGGUCAUGGCUUUUAAUAGGGCUCCAAGGCGUCCAACCUCACUCAACGUUCUCCAUUGAAGCGCGCUCAAACGUUCUCCAUUGAAGCGCAGUUGACGUUUUCCGUUGAAUCUAAUACUUGUAUCCCCCAUUGAAGCAGCUUCUGAGGAUUGAACUAUGAUUCAGUUGAGAGGAAUUUAUGGAGAGGAAUUUGAGGCAUCGGAUGCUGAUUCAGUUGGAGAGGAUAAUGUGGAGAGUGAUGCUGAAAGCGAGGAUCAUACAGAAGGCAGUGAAGAAGAAGAAGAAGAAGAAGAAGAAGAAGAAGAAGCUGAUGAUGAUGAUGUUGGUGUAUUAAGUGCUGGAAAGAAGGAUGAUGAAAUGGAGGAACUUGAGAAAGAGUAUAGGGAUCUUCAAAAUAUGGAGAAGAGUUUGAUUCAAAAUUUGAAGCGACACAAGGAAGAAGAUCAUGUGAAGGGGCAAGCUAUCAAGAAUCAGAAGGCUCUUUGGGAUAAGGCCCUUGAGCUCAGGUUCUUAUUACAGAAACCGUAUUCUAAAUCAAAUAAGCUACCACAGGAACCAAUUCGGUCAUCAUUCUGUGAGGCAGAUGAAGAUGUCUCUGCUGCAUAUUCAGAUCUCAUUGCAGCAUCUAGUGAAGCAAUAGAAUCCCUUGUGCAAUUACAGGAGGCUCUACUUGAAAAUAAUCCUUCCAUUGUUGAAGCCACAGAAGAAGGAUCUCUUAAAUCUUCUGAGGAGGUUGAAAAUAUUGAUGGUAACAAAGAGACAGAAUGGUUACAUAUAUCUCAAGCGCAGUCAAGAGUAGCACCAUUCAGAAAUAAGUCAGUAGAUAAAUGGCAGAGAAAAGCGGAUGUCCACAGUGGUGCUGCUGCUAAGAAAGUAAAAUUGUUGGCUUUUAACCAGAAUAUAAGUGACCAAGUGGCAAUGUACAUGAGGGAUCCAAGUAAAAUGAUUAAAAGUAUGCAACAGAGAAGAGAAGCUGUUAAUGUCUUUGGCACUGUUAGUAAGCAGGCUGACAACACCAUUGAGGAGGGAAUCAUUGAGGGAGACCCUGAGCUUCUGGACGACUCCGAAUUUUACCAACAAUUGCUGAAGGAGUUCUUUGAGACAAUUGACCCAUCAUCCUCCGAGUCAGCAUUUUAUGCUUUGAAAAGGCUACAAACCAAGAAAAGGAAAGUGGUAGACCGCCGAGCUUCCAAGAGCCGUAAAAUCAGGUAUCAUGUCCAUGAAAAAAUCGCCAAUUUCAUGGCCCCUGAACCAACAAAUCUCUCCCCUAUGGCUCCUAAGUUAUUCGAGAAUCUGUUCGGGUUAAAAACCCACAAACCUACGUCUGCUGCGUAGAAUAUUUAUGUUCUCUUUACACAGGAUAUCCCCCCAUAUUUUCAGCCUUUAUCCUUAAAUUAGUGAAUUAACAAUUUAAUUUAGCAAUGGGAAAGUUUAUUUAUAAGCUAAACUUGCUUGUGCUUUUGAAAUAUUGUUUUGAUUGGCUCGCUGAAGUCCUGGACUUCAGAAUCUAGGUGUUUUGGAACAGCCAUAUCCUUAAUAGUCCUAAUCAUAACUUUAAAUGAUAGUAAUUACUGCUUUUUCCGAACUA